CGCUGCCGGCCGCGAUGCCCGGCGGCAGCGCGGGCUGAGGCGGCCGCCCGCCCGCCGCCAUGCCGGUGAAGAACCGGUACAACCUGGUGGACGAUGGCUGCGACUCCCGCGUCCCGCUGCACAACGAGGAGGCCUUUCAGCACGGCAUCCACUUCCAGGCCAAGUACAUCGGGAGCUUGGAUGUCCCCAGGCCCAACAGCCGCGUGGAGAUUGUGGCAGCCAUGAGGAGGAUCCGGUAUGAAUUCAAAGCCAAGAACAUUAAGAAGAAGAAGGUGAGCAUCAUUGUGUCUGUGGACGGGGUGAAGGUGAUCCUGCGCAAGAAGCAGAAGAGGAAGGAGUGGACCUGGGACGAGAGUAAGAUGGUGGUGAUGCACGAUCCCGUGUACAGAAUUUUCUACGUCUCUCAUGACUCGCAAGACCUGAAAAUAUUCAGUUACAUCGCAAGGGACGGCGCAAACAACUCCUUCAGGUGCAACGUCUUCAAAUCCAAGAAGAAGAGCCAGGCCAUGCGCGUGGUGCGCACCGUGGGACAGGCCUUCGAGGUGUGCCACAAGCUGAGCCUGCAGCACGCCCUGCAGAACGCCGACGGGCAGGCCGACGGCGCCAGCGACAAAUCGGCCGAGGAGCAGCCGCUGGAAGUUCACCAGAUAAAGGGCUCCAAGAUCACGGAUGUGGACGAGGUUGGCAUCGAUCCUGGUGGCAUCUGUGUGUCCGAGAGGGGACCCAGAGAGCUGCCAGGUGCUAGGGGGGACCUCAGCAUGCUGAAAUCUGGGCAAGCCUCGAGGGAAAAGAAUGGCCAGGAUGCCGAAAACUUCUCCCUCCACCUGGCCAGCUCCCAGCAGCUGCUCAGCCCGAGCAGCCCCUGCUCCUCGGCCUCCAUCACCCCGCUGGCCUCCCAGCACUGCCUCCAGCUGCUCCAGCAGCAGCUCCUCCAGCAGCAGCAGCAGACGCAGGUGGCUGUGGCCCAGGUGCAGCUGCUGAAGGACCAACUGGCGGCCGAGACAGCGGCACGGAUCGAGGCGCAGGCCCGGGUGCGACAGCUCCUGCUGACCAACCGCGACCUGCUGCAGCACGUGUCACUGCUGGUGCGGCAGCUCACAGUGCUGGAGGCCCGGGAGGAGCACCGGGAUGAGCAUCGGCAGCCGGUUGACCACUCCUUGCAAAACCUGUCCCUGGCCCAGUCCCUCUCCCUGAACCUGAAGAACCACUACAGCCUGGACGUCCACCUGCCGUCCACCUCCACCCCUGCCAGCAUCCUGGGCAGCCCGGUGGCCCCCGGCUCGCUGCCUUCCCUGGGCCCCAGGGACUCCUACCUCAACCUCGUCAGCCUGGACAGGGGCAGCCACCGCUGCAGCAGCAAGGAGGGGGACGAGUGUCUGGAGGGGCAGGAUGGGCUCAGCCGGCGCGUGGAGGGCUCCGAGGUCAGCGACUUCGCUCUGCCCAACGGGAGCAGCCGGCACAAGGCAGACGACAUGGCCAGAGGGGACGAGGACAGGCGGCAGCCGCCCAUUCCCAAGCUCAACCCACCACCACCCAUCCUACGCAAAAGGUCAAGCAAGACCUCGCCAAGCCUGGAAGUGGAGGUGAAGCCCGAGAGCAUUGCCCACCUGAGCCUACCCAGUGCCAGCAUCUCCAGCCUCACCAGCAUCACUGCCAGCUCCCUCACCCUCUUGGACCCUGAGGCAAGGACUCCUGCAAGGAGCGCUGCCUCCAGCAUGGAGCCUGGCUCUGCUGGGACCUGCCAGCACGCUCUGGGCAAGGACAGGACUGGAGAGAGUGGGCCAAUGUCCCCCUUGGCCAGCAUCCAUGACCCAACAGCCAGCGAGACUCUGGCCAAGGAGUUAGUGGCCCUGGGCAGCCCCACGGACAGCUCACUGCCCUUCUCCCCUGCAGACGACACCUGCUUGCACAUCAGCUUCUCCGAAGAUGAGCUGGACACUGCUCUGGGGCCCAGCAGAGUUCCCUCUUAGUGGGGCCAUAGUUGGUGGUAGCUGGUGGCUGGCAGCCCCAGCAGCUCCGUCCACAACCCCGCGCUGGGACUGGGGGUCCCUGUGCCCAGGCUACGAGACAGGUCCCUUUACUGUCCCUGUCCCACAUAAUGGCUUCCCCCACCACCUACAGGGCCACCCCACAGGAUGGGACUGGCCAGCCCUGCCUCGGUCUGCACCAGCUCACACUGCUGUCACACUGCCAUCCUGUCCCUGCUCACACAGCCAGGGAUGCUCACAGCAGAGAAUUCCCAGGGAGCUGAAGGGUGGAAGCCCUGGCCAGGGCCUGGCGCAGCGCUGUGGGACAAGAAGCUGUUCUGGUUCAUCAGCUGCCACCCAUGGGCCACUCAGGGCCACGCAGCACAGCCAUGGUGACACUCCACUGCCUAGCUCCCCAGGGUGUGUCCCAGACUGCCACCACGCUGGGUCUGUGCAGAGCUGCCAAUGUCCACCAGCCCCAUGCUGUGCCCAGCCCUGCUUUGGGGACAGCAGCCCCACCACUGUGUCCCCACGCAGUGAAGCCACCACUGCCUCCAUAGGUGCCUUUUCCCACUCCCAGCACCCACUGCCCACACAGGCUGGGCCACCGCUCUGAGGCCACUGAUGGGUGCAGGGCUGGCCCUGGGAGCCUGCAGCAGUGGGAGUGACCCCCUAAAGAAGGGUGCACCCCAUGUCUUGGGGUCAGGGCAGAGAGCCCUCUCAUGCCCCCCGAGCUGCUGGUGACUGCAGGCAGGGGGCUGCUCCUUGUGCUGAUUUUAGGGUGUUACGGUGUGGUUUGGGUUUGGUCUCAGUAAUGUGAGUGUCCUGGGAGGAGUUAAGGUUUAAGGAAGAAGCGGGGUGAUGCUCACCCACAUUGGUUGUUUGUCAGAGGGUGUUGAGAAAGUGUCAGAGAGUCGAGUUAGGAAGUGUCAAGCAGGAACGGAGACUUGGAGCAGCCGUGCUGCCUGUCCCUGGCAUGGUGCUGCUCCUGCAGGGAGAGGGGGGCACAGGACAUGCACCCAGAGCCGGCCAUGGCAGGGGCAGAGCUGGGAGGGGGCUGGGGACCGGGCCAGGGGUUGUAAAGCUCGGCUGGGCUGUCCCAUAGUGUGGUAGCGGCAGCCCAGCCCCUCCAUAGGACACUGCAGUAUGGUAAUGGACUUUUAAAGAAAAAAUAAACAGAUUUGCAGAGCCA